UGAGAACAGUGUGGGAAUGGCAGGAGGGAAGUUGUAUAUGAUGAUAGGUCUGGUAGUAGUAGUGGUCUCAGUGGCUAUUGCAGGAAAAUCGGUUGUAGCCCAAACCCAUCAUGUCGUCGGAGGCGAUCGCGGCUGGGACCCUUCUUCCGACCUCGCCUCUUGGUCCUCCGGCAGAAUCUUCACUGUCGGCGACAAAAUCUGGUUCACCUACUCCGCAGCACAGGAUAAAAUUGUGGAAGUCAAAAGCAAGGAGGAAUACGAGGCGUGCGAUGUGAGCAACCCCAUUAAAAUGUACACGGACGGCUUAGAUAGAGUCACUUUGGACGAGGAGGGGAUUCGCUACUUCGCGAGCGGGAAGGCUGAGAGUUGCAAGAACGGCUUGAAGCUACACGUGGAGGUCCAGCCUCACGCAAAACACGUGAACCACACAGUUGUUACUACAUCGGACGGCUCAGCAUCAUCCGCAGUGGUUGCAGAUGGGCCCACAUCUGCAUCAACUCAUCUCAAUGGACUCUCUCUUACAGUGUUUGUUGGGCUCCUGCUUUGUUAUUUGGGCCUUUAGACCCCAAUUACUUGUAGAGAAAAAUUAGGGAUCAUGACAUUUUUUUCAUGAAAAUUAUCAUGAAAAAUUUAUGAUCCUUGGAUUACCUUGAUUAGUGUGUGGUGCUUUAUUCUAAGUGUAAUCCAAGAGUCACAAAACUUUCAUGAUUAUUUUCAUGAAAAUUUUUUCAUGAUACCUAGCAUUGCUCUUACUUGUAAUAUCCAGCCCACUUACUAUUGUAGCUUUGUUUUAUUUUUAUUUUUUAUUUUAAAAAAAACAUAUUUUACUAUUAUUGUAGGUUUGGUUGCUUAUUUUGCUGCAUGUUUUAUAGCAGCCUUGAGAAUCCUAGCUUGGUGAUGGUAUGUUUGUAUUUG